AUGUGCUUGAAGCUCGUGUUCACCUCGUGCACACGGAUAUGCCAGCACCGCUUCCAUGCCCCGUCCGGGACAACCAAGAUGGCCUCUCCCGUUGUAGAGAAUCUCGAAUGCCACAACAACACCAACACGCCCAACGGUGUUGUGACGGCGCCAGCAUGCGAUAGCGUAGGCUGGUCGUCUGAUAAAGAGGAGCUGCCCGGGGAUUCGACUUCGGUCCGAAACGCCAGAACUUUCGGAGCUACCAGGGCGACAGGAUUCUUGCGAGACCUCUACUACGCGAACCCGGGUUCAUUCGUUCAACGCACCAUAUCGCAAGAUCUCCAAUCAUUCUACUGGGUCAUCAUAUACGCCGCCUUCAAACAUACCGUCGACGAGAUUGCCUCAGCUGGCCAGAGCACCACGAAUGGUAUUCCAGGGUUCGAGCACGACUUCUUCGAGUGGGAGUUUGGCAGGCUCUUCAGCGCCUCUAGCGCCAUUGCUAGGUACUCGGACUACCCAACGACAUACGCUGGCAUCGGGAAUCUGGCCGCAUACCUCAGAUCGAAGGAGCCCGCGUUCGCGGAUUGGAUCAGCAUGAUAUGGAUGCUCUUGAGAGAGUGCGAGCCUCGACUGAUCCUCUCAUCCGGCGAGAUCCCUAGCAAAUUGAUCAAGUUUGUGAACGCGUGCCUGGUGAAACCAGAUGCCGUGGUGGGUCCCGGGACGAAGGUGAUAUCUAGCGACUACGCGAAACGUUUGGAUCAUGCCCAAAGCAUCGGAGCGUUCGAGCUUGGGUUGGAGGUUUUGGCGGACGGAGAGGAUGCCUCAGAUGAAGAGGGGUCGGAGCUCGCGCAGGCCCCAGUCGACAUGACCGACGGGAACUUUUGA